AUGGAGAUCAGAGACGGAUGUGACAUAGUUGACUGUAUAGCUACAUUUGCAAGACGCCGCCAAAGAGGCGUUUGCGUUAUGAGCGGCACAAGAAGCGUCACUAACGUCACUAUACGUCAGCCAGGAACGCCACCUGGAUCGGUGGUUAGCCUCCACGGCCGGUUCGAAAUCCUUUCCCUCUCUGGAUCUUUCUUGCCCCCUCCUGCCCCGCCUGCAGCCACCGGACUAAGCGUUUACUUAGCCAGAGGACAAGGUCAAGUGGUUGGAGGUAGUGUGGUUGGAUCCUUAUUGUGUUCAGGUCCUGUGGUGGUUAUGGCAGCGUCUUUUAGCAAUGCUGCGUACGAGAGGUUGCCGUUGGAGGAAGAUGAGAUGCAAACGCCUGUACACGGCGGUGGAGGAGGUGGUGGUAGAAUGUGA